AUGGGUAUCUUCUUCUGCAUUUCUCUGGUGAUCACUGUUUCUUUCAGUUUUGGAAUUGUCGCAGGAGACACAGACAGCAGAGAUGUGACUACCUUGAGAUCGAUUCAAAGGCAAUGGGGAAAUCCGCCAGGGCUGACAUGGGCAGGCGUAGAUCCUUGCGCUUCAAAUUGGGUUGGAGUUUAUUGCCAUGGUUCAAGAGUUACUGAUCUGCUUCUGUCUACAAUGGGUCUCAAGGGAGAGCUGCCGAGUGAUAUUGAGCGCCUUACAGAUCUCCAAAGGCUAGAUUUAUCAUACAACCCAGACUUGACUGGAUCUAUUCUUCCAGGUUUAGGAAACUUGGCCAACCUUAGAGAGCUAUUGUUAAUUGGGUGUAGUUUCACUGGGAGUAUUCCAGAGGAGCUUGGCAAUCUGCAAAGGCUUACUACUCGGGAUUUGAAUUCCAACAAACUAGGCGGAAAUGUUCCCGCCUCACUGGGUAACCUUAGUAAUCUUUACUGGCUAGACGUUGCCAACAAUAAUCUUGUCGGCACACUUCCAGCGGAGCUCGGGAAGCUCGUUAAUGCCGGUCACUUCCACUUUAAUAAAAACCGGCUGCGAGGCUCAAUUCCACCAGAAAUUUUCCACGAAAACAUGCCCAUUCAGCAUGUGCUGUUUGAUCAAAAUCUUUUCACUGGAACGAUACCCUCGACACUUGGUCUUGUCAAGAAGAUUUCAGUUAUAAGGCUUGAUCGAAACCGUUUGGAAGGUCCAAUACCGCCAAAUAUUAGCUCGUUGAUAAACCUAGGUGAAAUGCAUCUUUCAAACAAUAAACUGAACGGUCGGAUACCUGAUUUGUCCGGACUCAAAAAUCUGCAAUACCUGGACCUGAGCAACAAUUCUUUUGACGUAUCCCUUGUUCCUGACUGGAUUUCUUCGUCAGAAUUGUUAACGACAGUCGUGAUGGAAAAUGGAGUGUUGAAUGGACCAUUACCCUCUAGCCUUUUAAAUUUGCCAUCACUGGAGACAUUUACGCUCUUCCAGAACCCGGUCUGUGCUGUGGGAACCAGCCUCGCAAAUGAUAAAGUAUGUGAUCCAGAAAUGGCGGGAAACGGCACCGUGUACACAACUCCUAUGAAAGAUUGUGGGAAAAUUGUGAAAUGUGAAGUAGAGAAUAUGCAAAUAAAUCCCGUUAACUGCAAAUGUGCAAUGCCCCUUGAAGGAGUUAUGGUACUCAGAUCUCCAUCCUUUUCAGCUUUGAACAACAAUGCCAGAUUCCAAAGGCUAGAGAAAUCCCUAGAGAGCAACUUGAGUUUGUCACAGGGGUCAUCGGUAUAUAUAAUUUGCUGCAUGUCUUUUGACGCCAACGACUAUCUCAACAUAAAAAUUUGGAUCUUUCCACCAGUUGAGAAGCAGUAUUUUGAGCCAUUAGAUAUCAUAAAGCUGGGUUACAGUUUAAGCAACCAGACUUAUAAGCCACCAAAAGAAUUUGGACCCUACUAUUUCAUUCCGAAUCCGUACCUCCUAUUUUAUGGCCAUAGAGACAAAAGUACCAAAGAGCAACAAAAUAUUGGUAUAGCAAUCGGUGCAGCUCUGUUAGUGCUUGCCAUUAUUGGCAUUGGGAUUUAUGCCUUUACCCUUAAAAAGAAGAAAGAAGCUGCAGCUAAGAAUAGCAGACCAUUUGGUUCUUGGGGAUUUGCAAGCUCCGAAUAUAGCGGAGGCGCACCCAAAUUGAAAGGGGCAAGGUGGUUUACAUUCCAGGAAUUGAAACAGGCUACAAAUAAUUUCUCCACAAGUAACGAAAUUGGAUCUGGAGGAUAUGGCAUGGUGUACAAAGGGAUUCUGGCGGCGAGUGGUCAAAUGGUGGCUGUGAAGAGAGCGAAAGAGGAAUCUAUGCAGGGCGGAGAAGAAUUCAAGACCGAAAUAGAACUACUGUCGCGUGUUCAUCACAAGAAUCUGGUGGGACUCGUUGGAUUUUGUUUUGAAGGAGGGGAGCACAUGCUUGUCUACGAGUACAUGCCAAACGGGUCACUCAGGGACAAUCUCUCUGGCAGAACUGGGAUAAACCUUGAUUGGAGAAAAAGAAUUCGAAUUGCCUUGGGGGCAGCUAGAGGAUUAACCUACCUCCAUGAUCAUGCAAAUCCCGCAAUAAUUCACAGAGAUGUGAAAACCAGCAACAUCCUGCUUGACCAAAAUCUCAAUGCCAAAGUAGCAGACUUUGGCCUUUCGAAGCUCAUAGCAGACACAGGCGGCGGAGGACAUGUCUCAACUCAAGUAAAGGGAACAAUGGGGUACUUGGACCCAGAGUAUUACAUGAGACAACAGCUGACUCAUAAGAGCGACGUGUACAGUUAUGGUGUUGUACUGCUGGAAAUGUUGACUGCCAGGCAACCUAUAGAACGAGGAAAAUAUCUGGUUAGAGAAGUGAGGACUGCAAUUGAAAUAGGAGGAAUAAAUUCUCAAGCAGGGCUCCAACUGUUGGAUUCAGCUCUAAGAAACUCUCCCAUUAAUCCCUCUGUUUUAGAAAGCUUUGUAAGCUUAGCUCUGCGUUGCUGUGAAGACUAUGGUGUAAAUCGGCCGAAAAUGAGUGAAGUGGUGAAGGAACUUGAGUCAAUGGCAGAAAAGUUUGGAGCUAAUGAUGCAGAGCCUGACAUAGAGAUGGAAAGUAGUGUAGUCUCUAAUCCUUAUGCUGAAUUCCAGUUGGGUUCAUUUGAUUACAGUGGUAGUGGUGGGCACAUUGUGCCUCCAAUCAUAGAACCCAAGUAAUCUUUGAGCUUCUAUUCUCACAACUGCAUCUUAGUAAAAAUUUCUGGAUGUUACUGUAUCCAAUGUAUAUUUUCAAUUCCACAUAAUAUUUCCUGGUGAAAUUUUUUAAUUGCGUGUAGACUAAAUUAAUGAGGAGCAAUUCUGCUGGGUACCAGGCUGGCUACAAUGCCAAUGCCCUUA